UAGAUGGUGUGUGUCUUCAGUGCUGAGUGCGCGAUACGGGAUUACUCAACGUCUAAAGAAAAUAUAGAAGAAAAAAAAAAAUGGGUCCAAGAGAUCCCGAAAAAUUGUUGAAAAUUUAAGAAAAUUAUUAAUAUUUUUUCAAACAAGCAUUUUUUAUUUAGAAAAACCAAAUAUUCGUGCGAAAUCCUGCUAAAUUCGUUUGUGCGAUGCAAGAAAAUUUCAAGUGAAAACUCAAUUUUUUUGUGUUGUUCAGUGAAAAUUGAAAAAAUAGAGAAAAAUCAAAAAAAGAAAAAAAAAAUUAUAUUUCAAUGAAGAAAUUUUCUUCGUGGUUCAUGGGAAAUCAGCCAGGACGACAGCAGAAACAAGCGCAAAGUGGAAGACCUAAAAAGAAUGUUCACUGGAAAUCUGCAGAACGACCAUCACCGCCGGGACGUCCCAUCCUCAUCCCCCUCUCCGACCAACAACCCGACGUAGUAACCUUAAAAUGGGAACGACCAAAAAUCGACGGAGGUUCACCCAUCACCAGCUACAUCAUCGAACAUCGUCGCAUGGGUUCCCCCCACUGGGUUCGCUCCACUCCCGCCCCCGUAACCGGAUGUGAAGUAUCCAUAAGUGGUUUAGAACCAGGUUGGCGCUAUCAAUUCCGUGCUAUUGCUGAAAAUGUCGUUGGCAAAUCCGAUCCAAGUGAACUGUCCGAUCCGCUGACUGUGACUUUGCAAAGAAAUGCCAUCAGUGUGCCAAGAUUUGCUAACGAACUCACCGACAUGUCCGUUGUGGAAAAUGAACGCGUCGAGUUUCGAGUAUCUGUUCUGGGGCAACCACAGCCCGAGAUAAGUUGGUUUAAAGAUGGCUACGAGAUUUUUAGUAGUCGACGAACGAAAAUUGUAAACGACAACGACGCUAGUGUAUUGAUUAUCCACCAGGUGGCACUGACCGAUGAGGGUGAAAUUAAAUGCACAGCAACGAAUCGAGCUGGUCAUGUUGUAACCAAGGCUAAAUUGAUGGUUGAAGCUCCCCCAAAAAUUCGAUUGCCACGGAAUUAUGAAGAUGGUUUGAUUGUUGAGGCUGAUGAAGUCUUGAGAUUGAAAGUGGGCAUUGCCGGACAACCACCUCCGUCAGUGGUUUGGUUACAUGAAGGAGAAUUUAUUACAAAUGGCGGUCGACAUGAGUUGGUAACAACGGACAAGAAUUCUUCACUCAAAAUUGACAACGUUAAACGCAUAGACCGCGGCGAGUACAGUAUAAAAGCUGUGAACAAGCUAGGAGAAGAUGCGACUUCUUUCCUGGUUACCGUCACUUCAAGGCCUUAUCCACCGGGAAAAGUUCGCUUAAACACCUCUUACGGAAAAUCUGCUACCCUCUCCUGGACCGCUCCUGAAGACGACGGAGGCUGUAAAAUUGGCAACUACAUCGUUGAGUACUUCCGGAUCGGUUGGAAUGUCUGGCUUAAAGCUGCAACCACAAGACAGCUUAGCACAACUUUGAACGACUUGAUUGAAGGCUCUGAAUAUAAGUUCAGGGUGAAGGCUGAGAAUCCAUAUGGACUCAGUGACCCUGGCGAAGAAUCUGAUGUUCUAUUCAUACCCGAUCCAAAGCGUGGGCUGAAUUCGCCCGACGGCGAUGAAGUGAAUAAGCCAGUUCCACCUCGGCGCAAGACCUUAUCUCCUCAAAGAGCGGUCCCAGAUGGUGAAGAGAGAAGCGGGGAGACAACUCCAAGACAACCAUCACCAUUACAGAAUCGCAAAACAAAACCUCAAAUUUUGGAUAACGAGGACUUGCACCGGGAGAUGUCUUAUGGAACUAAUCUUACAGAGUCUCGAAGAACUCCACCAUCGCCAACACAAAUGGCUGUUCCGGGAACAGGUUUGACCAGGCGCAGUCCAAGUCCGAGAAUUCCCGAUGGAGAUGAAGAAAUCCAAACGGCACCUGUUCUUCCAAAGAAAAUGCUUCCAAGACCAGCUCUUGCACCUUUGUCACUACCAUCAGAGCCUUCUAGACCAAUCUCCCCAACAGUAUUUCCACUCAAAGCUGUUACAACUCUCAACUCACCAUCAAUAGCCCCUGCCUUAAGCCCAGUUCUAACAUCGGCACUUGCACCGAUUUUGAGAUUUACACCUGCAACAUCAACUCUUCCUGCUCCACUACCAACACCGCCAUCUCCUCAAACUCCAUCGCCACUUAAAACUCCAAUAGAAUUGAAGCUUAAAGAACCUCCAAAGAAACCACUUUUGAAACAAUCAAAUACUCAACAGACUAAGGAACCUCCGAAGAAACAAGCCGAACCGGCUAAUGAACCUCCAACGAUGUCUCGAGUUCGUAGUUUAAGUCCCCCGGGACCAGUCAAGAAAUCUACACCACCUGAGACUCUUCCAGAAGUUCCGAAAGUCACCAAACCCCCUCCGGAAACUCCUCCAGAAUCAAAGAAGACCUCCCAGGCUCUACAACGAAGUGAAGAACCAAUAGAACUUGAAGUACAUCAUCGUGUUCAAAGGUAUUCCAAUCGAACAUUCAGUCCGGAAAGAACAACAUCACAAAAUGGCGCACCAAAUGGUGCACAAAAUGGUGCACAAAAUGGCGCCCAACCAAAUCCAACAAUUGAAAUUAGCGCUCCAGCUAGCGAACCAUCAGCUCCAUCGGAUCCAGCUCCUUUGUCAGAAACUGAGAAGCUUGAUGAAGUCCAUACCAGCAAUGAGUUUAUGUUGGUUGUCUUCCAGAAAAAUAGCAAGGUCAAGGAUACAGAAAAGCAAGACUCCUUCGAUUUGGAACUGGAAGAAGCACUUCAACCACCACCAAUUUCUAUAUCAGCUCCUGAUCUAGCUUCCCUGGAGUUCUCCAAUCUUCACACUUUCCCACUUCGGCGAUCAGUAAGCUCAACGGAAUUACUUUACGAACGUGCCAUGGCAAGAUUCUAUGAAGCUGUCGAAAUGGAAGAAGCUGAAAAGGCUAAGAAAUUGAAGAUUUCCCAAGAGAAAUCGGUUCCGGUUCCAACAGUGAAUCCGGUCCGAAAACGCCUUGGAUCGAUGAGUGAAGCUGAAAGGCAAUCGUUUGAAAGACGUAGCGAAAGACGUCGUCAGUCUGCUGAUAUGGUUGGAGGGAAUAAAUCAAAAUGGGACUCUAGUGAUAGUUUGGCUAGUAGAGGAGGGCUCUUGAGAACCAGAGGUAUGCUUAAUCAAAUCAGUCAAGACACUGAUGAUGGUAGUGACUAUUUUGAACGGCCUAGAGCUUUCCAUAAACAGAUUAGUCAAGAAACCGAUGAUGGUAGUGAAUAUCAAGAUCGACCAAGACGCAUGCAGAAGCAAAUCAGCCAGGAAACUGAUGAUGGAAGUGAUUAUCAUCAACGAACUGGUGCAAGCUUUGAUGUUGAGUCCGACUACACAGCAAGUACAGAAUCGGUUUCGGAAGAUUCGAUAGAAAAGUUUAAGAGGGAACUGGUAGCUCGAACUCGUUCAGCUAGCACCGAACUAGAAACCUAUCAUCCAAGAAGCAUGUCAGCAGGGGUCUUUACACCUUACCGAGCUCCAACACCUGAACAGUCUGUAGUUGUUCUCAAUCGACCAAUGCCUUUGGCAAGUCCAGAUUUCGUUCCAAAGCCGAUUCUUAAAAGACCAUCUAACGAAAGUGUCGGAACCGAAGAACCAGUUUCUCCAACAAGUGUCCACCCACCCAGUUCACCACCACCAAUGAGUCCAACCAUGCCAACAAGCCCGAUCAAUGAUAAAUCCGAUAAGUCUAAAGGCUUUAAGUCAUUCUUCAAAUGGGACAAGAAAACUCCGACAGAGAAAAACACCGAAGCUAAUGCUGAACCGCCUCAACCAGCACCGCCAAAGCCCCAGCUCAAGUCUGAAACUAGUGUCGAGACUAAACGAAGAAUCAAGGAAGAAGAAGAGCGAGCUAGAAUUGAAGCCGAAAGGAUUUUCCAGGAAGAAGCUAAAGUUGUUGCUGAUCAUUAUGGAGAUAUUGUUCGGCAAGUUGGAAACACUAGGAAAUAUAAUCCUCCGUUAUAUUUGAACGCUGACGAAUUGAAGAAAGCUGCGGAAAAAGCUGAACGGGAAAGUCAUACGGAGAAUUCAAAUCCAUCUCAAGGCAAGACUCGGCUAUCAUUGAUCGAACGUCAUCAAACUCAGCAUGUGACCACAAGUCCAAGUCGAAUGCAUAUGAAAGACAAAGAGGAAAAGAAAGUUGAGGAGGUCUUCAGUGAAGAAGAGGCUACUCCUUCGUCGACUUCACAACUUUCCCAGCGUUCGGAAAGUCGAGGUAGGAAGAAGAUUGUUAAAGUUAAGAAGAUCAUCAAGAAAAGAGUACCAUCUAGUACUCGAUCGAGAGAGGCAUCUUCAAAUAGACGUGCAACGAGUGUUGAAGCUCCGCCGGAAGACUAUAAAAAUAGGCAAGUUGCCCAGCCUAAGGCAGCUCCUGAACCUGUUCAAGUGAAAAAACAACUUCCUGUUGAACCAAAGGUUGUAAUUCAACAACAAACUGCUUUAGUAGCUGUUCCACAGAAAUCUCCCGAUGAACUUUCUCUUGAAGCCGAAGAAAAAGUUCGUUCAGCCUUGAGUUAUAUGACCGAUGUUUGUCUCUUUAUUGCAGCCUGCUAUGUGUACUUGUUUAAAGAUGCAAGACUGGUUCUACCGAUUUUGGCUUUGAUGGUCUAUCGACAGUUGGGUGAGGUCAUUCGAAAUAGUAUUCCAGAAUGGAUGAAGAAGAAGAAACAAUGACCAUGAUAUGGUUUGCAAAUUUCGUGACUCUUUUAUUUGUGUGUGUUAAGUUUUAUAAUGUUCUCAGAGAAGCUGGGACGAUAUUGUUUUUUAUUUGAAUCUACCAAAGGUUGUAUACUUUCUGUAUACGAAUAAUGUUGAAAUAUUUUUUUUUUUUGCCUUGGACAUCUUUAUUUAUUUAACUUACUGUAAACCUUAAAAUAUAAUAACUUUAAUAAAAAUUACU